AAAAAAAAAAGUUGGUAUAGCCGAACACUCACUGAAGUAUAAACACAUGCCAUAUUUCGUACUAUGAAUGGAAGAAAAUAAUAAGUAUUGGGACGUCGCUGUUCGCGUUGUAUGACUAAUCUAAACCCACUCGCCAUCAUGCUCGCUAGGUCUCCAAAAAAAAAAAAAAAGUUGGUAUAGCCGAACACUCACUGAAGUAUAAACACAUGCCAUAUUUCGUACUAUGAAUGGUUUAAUUUUCGAUACUUGAGACUCACAGGUGAACUGCUUUUCGCAGUGGCACAGCGAGUGCUACAUAACUGUAUGCCUCCAAGUUAUCAGCUUAUUUUUUUUACCUAUAUGUUGCCUUACACGUUUCUGUGGUCAUAUUCUCUGGAUUUGGUGUCUUUCCUAUGUAAAUUUGAAUAAAACAAUAAUUAUUGGACAUCAUAGAUGGCGCUGUAGGGCUCUUCUAAGCCCACGCACGUGCGUGGUAAAGUCCAGUUUGCCUACUUCUAGUUCGUCAGCAGUGAGUCCAGCAGCAAGGUGUAGGUAUGGCGUCCGCGGUGGAGGCUUUGCCACGUCGUGUGACCCGGGAGCUAAACGAAGCCUCGCUGAAACUUAUGGAAAGAACAGGAUACACCAUACGGCAAGAAAAAUGGCAAAGAAAGUACGGCGGUCCACCUCCCGACUGGGAAAGCUCGGCUCCUUUAAAGGGUUGCGAAAUUUUCGUCGGAGGUAUUCCAAAAGACUGUUACGAAGACGAGCUUGUUCCAGUAUUUGAGAAGAUAGGGAAGAUUUACGAACUGAAACUCGUAAUGAACCCCCGCUCUGGAUCCCAUAGAGGAUAUGGAUUCGUUAUAUACACUAACAAAGAACACGCGAAUCAAGCGGUAAAGGAGCUUAGCAACUACGAAAUUCGUAAAGGCCAGCUCUUGGGUGUUUGCAACUCUCCCGUAAGUCAUGUAAUUUCCACUAUAGAAGCUUUUUUGGUUGUCUCUUCGUCGCAAAUUAAAACACAUUUAAUUGCCAAUGUAGACGGCACCAGACAUCGGAAAUAUCGGUUGGUUAGUUGUAAAAUUCACGAGUAGGUAUCACAGUCCAAACAAAUUUGACCUUUAUGUAAGCCGUUAUUUGAAAAGUUAUAAUUGAACUAAAGUUUUUUGUAUUAAAGGGGUAUUUUGUGUGGGUGGAUAUGUGUAAAAUGUCGUGUAACUUUUUGAAAUUUCUUAUCGUCUGCUCUUUCAUUUUCCGUCACAAGAAGGUGGUGUGCGCGUGCAGCAUUUGUUGCAUUUUCUGUCACGAGAGGGUGGUGUGUGCGCGCGCGCACAACAUUUCUUGCAACAAGUGAUUUCUUUUGUAUAUGAGGCUGCAGUAAUAAUUAAUAUAGUCACUUAUGGCCGAAAAGCACUGAUGCGUCGUCAUCUUGUACAUUAAUAUUGUGCAUAUUUGUAUGACUGGAAUAAUAUUUAUGUUGUGCAUAUUUGUAUUACAGAGGAGAGUUUUGCAUGUGAGGAACCUUAUGUCAACAACUACAGAAGACAAAAUUAUAAAGCUGUGCAGUCAAGUUGUGGGAAAAGACAAUGCUGUGGAAAGAGUAGAGAAGAUAAAAGAUUAUGCAUUCAUUCAGUUUAGAGACAGAGAUGAUGCUAUCAUGGCCAUGACUAAACUUAAUGGAAUGAAUGUUGAAGGUGCUUGCCUUGAGGCUGCAUGGGCGAGAAGAAGAAAGCAGGCUAAUCAGGACUGGCACUUGGGUGAGGUUGAUAGAGCAUACAACAGAGGCCAGGAAGCAUUGGAAUCUUGGAAGCAGAAAGAAGUAUCAUAUGUCAGGGGCUAUGGCAAUGAUCCUAGUUACUCGCCUCCAUCGUAUUACAACCCGAUGUCUCCACCACCCGCAAGCAGGGCGUUGGCAGAGCCAGGUCCCAUGGGCAUCAGAAGCCCUGUGCGAGGCCGAGGGAUGAUGAGGGGGUGGGGCUUUAGGAAACAUCCAGCAGAGGUGCUGGAUGACCUUUGCCAGAAGAAUGGAUGGGGAAGUCCUGUAUACCAGCUUCAUGCUCCCAUGGGAAGGGAUGGAAGUGGUGCCCAACAGCUCUUAGAGCUCUUUUUGUACAAGAUCACCAUACCAGCUCUCGGUACUCAGUUUCCAAAUUGUAACCCAUUUACCCCAAAUAAACUGUGUUCUACUGUUGAGGGGGCAAAGGUUUUUGCAGCAGAGUACACUUUGAUGCAGUUAGGUGUGCCUCUUGAAGCCCUAGAGUACAUUAGCCCACCAUAUCCUUACACCCAGCCGAGCUAUGCCAACCACCCCGACCCACCUGUGGAACGCUUCCAACAGAUCAUGUGAAAAGCCAUGGAUGACCUACUGGUAGUUGUCGUUUUCUCUUCGAUGGUCAUUUGGUUGUUUUGUAUAUGUGUGUUAAGAUUAGUGGAUAAAGAAUAACUGAAUUUAACUGUUUAAGGAAUGGCUGUUACAUAUCUUGCUAAAAUAUGUGGAUGUUCGUGAAAAUACAGAACAUUUGACGUUUGUGUUGGAAAACCAUUGUUGUAUUUUAGAUGGCUUUGCUGUGAGCAUUUAAUUCCAUUUUUGCCUCAUGUUUUGGAAAGCACAUCUCUACUAAUAGAGCCAGAUAUUGUUUUGUGCUGCAGCCCUAGAGUACAUUAGCCCACCAUAUCCUUACACCCAGCCGAGCUAUGCCAACCACCCCGACCCACCUGUGGAACGCUUCCAACAGAUCAUGUGAAAAGCCAUGGAUGACCUACUGGUAGUUGUCGUUUUCUCUUCGAUGGUCAUUUGGUUGUUUUGUAUAUGUGUGUUAAGAUUAGUGGAUAAAGAAUAACUGAAUUUAACCGUUUAAGAAAUGGCUGUUACAUAUCUUGCUAAAAUAUGUGGAUGUUCGUGAAAAUACAGAACAUUUGACGUUUGUGUUGGAAAACCAUUGUUGUAUUUUAGAUGGCUUUGCUGUGAGCAUUUAAUUCCAUUUUUGCCUCAUGUUUUGGAAAGCGCAUCUGUACUAAUAGAGCCAGACAUUUUGACACCUGCUUUGACCGGUCUUUUCAAAGUCAAAUUAGCUGUUCAGUGC